UUGGAGCAUCGCGCCGGUUCACGCGCUUAGCUGUCACAGCAGGUUUGGCAGCGGCAGAGAAGGGAGAAAAAGACGGUGCGAGAGAGCGGACAGGGCUAGGCCGAGGGGGCGAUCAUGGUGGGGUUCGGAGCCCCGCGGCGUACAGGCCGGCUGCCCCCCUUCGUGUUGGUGGCCUUGUUAGUGGUGAUCGCCCUCCUGGCCUUUAACUACUGGAGUGUGUCUGCUCGGCAGGCCGCCCUGCAGGACGAUCUUACGGCUCUGCAGGAGCAGGUCCAGCGCACGGAGGUAGCACGAAGCCGGCUGGAGAAGCGGCAUUCCGAGCUGAUGGUGCAGGCGGAAAGCAGCCGGAGGCAGCUGGAGCAACGAUUGGGCGAGUACCAGAACGUGGGGGAUCGGCUGCAGGCCCGGGAAGUGGAGGCGCAGCGCUGCGAGGCGGACAGGGAGAAGCUGCUGGCCAACGUGUCACUCCAGAUGGCAGACAUCGCUCAUCUGAAGGAAGAGUUACAUGAGCUUCGCCAGGAAUACCUGCGCCAGGAUGCUCUGCUACUGGAGUACAAGAACAAUAACACCCUGCUUCAGAAGACACUGAAGGAAGAGAGUCAACAGUGCACAAAGCAGCUGGCCGAUCAGAAGCUAGAACACGAUGAAAGUAUAAAGCGACUCCAGCAGGCUGACCGAGAAAAGGAGGAGGCAGACAAGGUGCCCAGCAAUGUGGCAGCAGGUGAAACUGGACCUGAGAACAAGAUGCACACGAUAGCCAUCAUAGCCAAAGAGGAGCGUGUGGAAGACCCUUCAAGUAACCGCCUACAUUUUGAGCGGGAUGCUGCCAAAGCUGGAGGAGAUGCAGGAAUGCCAGAAAUAGAGGACAGUGAGCCAGUGAAACCCGAAGCGGUCCCCACUGCUGAGAAAAAGGAAGAUUUUGGUGUUCUGGCAAAUGAAAUUGGGGAGUCGGAGAAACAACCUUCUGUGCAGCCAGAUUCUAUUGCCAAUGCCCAAGCUAAGUACCUUCCCCCUGGUGCCAAGAAGGAGCCUGCGUCCACUAUAGAAGACAACGCUCUGCACUUUGUGCAGAAGCAAAUCCCCAAAGAGCCCAAGUCCAUGAUAUUUCCAAAUAUAAAACAGAGUCGGUUUUUUGAUGAGAAUGAGUCCCCUGUAGAUGCUCAACAUGGCUCUAAGGUGGCAGAUUAUAACGGGGAUGAUGGUAACGUGGGUGAGUACGAGGCAGACAAGCAGGCAGAGCUGGCCUACAAUGAGGAAGAGGAUGGUGAUGGGGGAGAAGAAGACGUACAAGAUGAUGAAAAUGAUGGGCAAGUGGAUGCAGCUGAAUACAGAAAAGAUCAUUUUGGCGAGACCCUGUAACCUACGGCCUGGAUGAACAGCAGAAUGUUAUCAUAACGUGCCAAGUGCUGGGGGUCUUUCUCUAGUCUAUCAUUUGUACUGUACAUGGAGGCUCAAAGGCCAGGGACAGAUGAUCAUACUAGUGCAGGGGAGGAUCACAGCUCUAUCGUUCCUUGGAUGGGGCACUAUAUGGUUGUAGUAGGGCUACACCUACGAAGGCCAUCACACAGUCCCCUCGUGGCUGUAGAAGUUGAGCUUCCUCAUUGAUUGAGACCUUUUAAUAAUUUUUUUUCCUCGGACUGUAAAUAGGAACUUUUUUUGCUGGGAAUCUUGUUCUGGAUUCAGAUCUCAUAGACAAACUGCCCAAAAAUACCUGGACAUUAAUGACUGUCAUGUGUAUAUAUAUCUUCUUCCUGGGAGCACCACCUGUAGAGGAUCCACUGCGCCCAUGAAUACAGUGUUGGAUACAGAAGGAGUUGUCCUCUCCCAACACAUUUGAUACACUAUGACCUAUGGAUUCUGACUUUCUGAUGCUGGCCCCACAUUAUGGGAUCUUCAUUGUUCUGUUUGAAUUAAAGGGCCGUGUCUUAAUAAAUCUUCAAGCAGGGUCCAAACUUCCUAGUGUAAGCAGUGCAGCCAAGUACCAGUUUCUCUGCAGACCUAUUUAUAAAAUAUUUGUAUUUUGUAUGUAAUAUGUGUAAAUAGAAUCACUUACUGUAUUAUGUAACCCGUAUGAUGAUCAAGCAGAUUCUGCACCUUCAGAUUUAAUACAGAUGAUACAGAUCAUGAAAUUAUGCACAUUAGUGACGGUUACUAGUAAAGGGAAUGCCCACUUAUAGAAUGGCACGAUCCUUUAACUGUUUUAUAGGAUCAGUGUGCUCGUACAGUGUAUGUGUGUGUUCACAAUAGGGGUUGGAUGGCACAAGUGGUUUGGUACCUUUUUUAUUGUUUUUUUUGAGUGGGGGUUUUAAACUAGAGGACAUCACAUACAGCCUUAAUUUACUCUGGUGCAUGAAUAGACAAUGAAUUAGUAAUCUAAUCCUAAAAAAAGGAUCAAACUGACAAUGAUUCUGCUCCCCAUAGUGGAAAUAGACUAUUUAGUUCCAGAGCCCCGGUGCCCAGCUUGCUCUGUUCACAUCUGUAAAAUUGACUGUUAUUUGUUGCCCACGCACAGUGAUGACUUUAUCUGAGCUCCUUAUUUUCUGUGGUCAUUUUUGCCAUUAGCUGGACAGGAUCCAAUGGUAGGGGAAAAUGAGAACUAUACUAGGAAAAGUCGUCUUUUUCUAUCUGUUGGCAUGUUUUUAUAUGUAAGGCCGGGGUUCACACGGCCGAAAAUGUGCAGAAUGUCUGCUUGAAAAACAUGGGCAGACAUUCCGCACAUCUGAAUAUUCCGGCGGGUGCUAGGACCAUUUGGAAAUGUGCUGUAUCAUAGACAAUGCCUUUCAGUGAUGAUGCCUGUGUCGGGAAAGUUCGCAAAUCAAUGGGGCUCUGCUGCAGCAGAAUUUCUGAGCUGAAUAUUCCAGUGCAAAUCCGGACAGAAAUUCUGCCGUGUGAACAUAGCCUAAGACAUUGUUCCUCAACUUGUGGUUUGCCAGCUGUUACAAAUCUACAACCCCCAUCAUACCCUGACCACCACACAUGUCGGGCAUGAUGGGAAUUUUAAUUUUGCAACUGAGCCACUGGUUGGGGGAACAUUGUCCUUAAGAAGGACCAAUCUCUGAGUGUAUUAUGGUUUAAAUAUGGAUCUGGCACCUGCACUUAGUGGCGCACAUCUACUAUAGUGUACUGUCUGUUAACCUAAGCGAUAUUUUCGGCACUUGUAUUUUAAAAUCUCAUUUAAAGGGGUUCUCUGCUGCCCUGCCUUCCGGAGCUCCGCUCCCCAGCGUCUGGAAGUUUAUUACUCCGAACGCUGUGUGCAGGCUUCCGUGUUCGAGGCCGCCCCCUCGUGACGUCACGCCCAACUCCUCGUCGCGCCCCCUUCCCAUAGACUUUCGUUGAGGGGGCGGGCGUGAUGUCACGAGGGGGCGGACGCUACGAGCGGAGCUUCGGAAGGCAGGGCAGCGGAGAAUCCUGUUAAUAGGUUCACAGUAAAUCGAUAUGCAAUAUAGUGGUACAGCAACAUGUAAGGCCGGGGUUAUUCUGCAACUUUCUGUAGCGCAACGGAUUGCUUUUAAAGGGGUACUCCGUCCCUAGACAUCUUAUCCCCUGUCCAAAGGAUAGGUGAUAAGAUGUCUGAUCGCGGGGUCCCGCCCCUGGGACCCCCACGAUCUCUGUGCGGUACCUGACAUUCGUUUAGAACGCUUGGAGCAGGCGACAAGGAUUGUGAAGUCAUGCCCCCUCAAUGCAAGUCUAUGGGAGGGGGUGUGGUGGCUGCCACGCCCCCUCCCAUAGACUUGCAUUGAGGGGGCGUGGCAGUGACAUCAAGACCCCUGCCGCCUGCUCCAAGCGUUAGGAACAAAAUGUUCAGAAUGCUGGGGCAGCGCAGUACCCCUUUAACUAUUGAGUGAAAGCUGCAGUCUACAAGACUGCACACAACUUUGGCCGUGUUCACUCGUUUCGGUUAAUUUUUGGUAUUGCAACUAUUUAUGCACACUAUUUGCAUAAUAUUCAUGCAAUAAUCUCCAUAAAACGCAUAACUUUUACCACAGUUCCAGUAAAAAGUUGUAAAACUCAGCAAAGAAAGCAUGCAGUAAUUAGUUGCGGUACCGCUUCCUGUGAACACAGCCCAAAAGGGGGAUAAGAUGUCUGAACGCAGGGGUCCGGCCUCUGGGACCCCCCCCUUGUGGUCUCCGUUCUCUGACGUCACGGCCACCUGCACCAAGCGUUCUGAACAUAAUGUACUGAACGCUGGGUGCUGCAUGGAGAUCGGGGGUGGGAGGAGGACCCUUCAGAUGUUGGACCCCUCAAUACGACAUCUUAUCCCCUGAGCUUUGGAUAGGGGAUAAGAUGUAUAGGGGCAGAGUACCCCUUUAAGGGGUUAUCCAGGAAAAAACUUUUUUACAUAUAUCAACUGGCUCCAGAAAGUUAAACAGAUUUG